AUGAGGCUCAAGUCGGUCUGGGCCUGGCUUCUGGCCGUUUUCUGCCCUCAGGCGGUUGCUAAGUGCACUUGGCCCGAUGCAGAUGUCUUGUUUGUAAUUGAUUCGACGAUUAAUAUAGACAGCAGCGCCAAUCAUCGUCGAUUACUGGAGCUAAUCAAAUUGGAAUUGAGUCAUAUGAAGUUGGGCAGAGAUGGCGUCCAAAUAUCUGUUGCGCAAUUCACCCCUACGGCAAAAUACGAAUUUGGAUUGAGUGCCGAGGGGUUUGAGGCAUUAGAGAGGCGGAUAAAUGUGAGCCCAUUACUUGAAGGUCUUUUACAGUAUGAUUUUGAAAAAAAAUAAAAAUUAUGUGCAUAAUGUUUCAGAGUAUCCAAUACGUUCCAUGCCAAGCUCAAGGAGAACAAUGCACCCGAAAUGCUGCCAGUUUAAAUACAUUGCUCAAGGGCGGUCUCAGUGCAGACGCCGCCAACAGAAUUCAGUCCCCGGAUGUGAUGGUGGUCAUAUCAACGUCGUUGUAUCAGCCCAGAGAAGUAAAUCCGAACGAACUUCUGAUCAAACCCUCUUCCCCGACCCACGUCUUUCUCAUUACAAUAGGAAGUGCUGCUCCUUCAACCAGAUAUCUAAAUUCCCUUCAAUUCGCCGCUACAACCACGCAUUUGGCGGCAUUAGACUUUGAUUCCUUGUCCCAGUUGGAGUUCCCGCUGUGCGAAAGUGUUAACAGUUUCAUUGGUAAGCAGUAAUAGACAUGUGUCUUCAUGUUAUAGUUGGUAUACUGUUGGUUUCUCUUCUUUGCGAGCGUCUUCUUGACUCAUUUCUGCGUUUAUUAUGUCGAAACUGUUGUCUAAGUUCAAAAGACGACAUAAAUAGCGUUGACCCGCCCCUUUUAUUAGUUUCUGAAGUCGCUACGGACAACGCCUUCAGACCUUUUCGUAUAGUCAUCGCCAAAAACGGAAGCGAAAUACUGUGAAUACUAAACGGAACAUCUUGUUAGUGCACUCUUCCACUGUUUCUGUGACCAGGAAGUCUCUAAGAAUCGUCUAAUCUCUAUUAUUAUUAUAUGACUCACAAACUAAUCUCCAAUCAGCCCCCUUGAUAUAAUGGACAACCCAGACGCUCUCAGUUGGUGGCAUUACCUUCAAUGGAACGUCUCUAGUUGUUCUAAAACUAAUGAUCUCAAUACUGUUUACUGGGCUUUAUCUUGUAUGUCUUAAAAAUUUAAAUUGUAAUCCGCUAACUUAAAAAUUUCAGGUACUUCUGACUCCUCUCACAAAUCCGGGUUCUUCAAACCGACUCUAUGUAUCGUGAUUAUUGUUCUCACAGCUGUCAUUGCCCUGGUAUUAACACUAUGUUUGUGCUAUGCAGUUUAUCACUACAAAAGCGACGGUAAUAUUUUGAUGAUUACACAAUUUGAAUAAAAGAGCUUUUGGUGCAAAACUUUUUUUAGUAAGACGUCUCGAAGCUCAACUUCGUUCAGAACGCGAGAGUAGCCGGAAGCGCGAAGAAGACCUAAUAAAUCGGAUACGACAACGUUCAGCCACUGAGAAGGAGAGGGAAAAGACGAUGAUGGAGUUGAUCAACGAAAGCAACAAGAUCAGGGAUCACUACAGAGAUGAGACCGCCAGACGAGAGCAGUCGAUGCCUCUACCUGUGACUUUGGUGGAACCGGGUACGAUAAAACGAAGGCCUAACCUCAGACUAAGUAGACGACGGAAUGACAUACCAUGACUUUAGAUAUUUGUAUUCUCCAAUUGUCUCUAUAUUUAAUGGAUUUUGAGAAAAUAAAUUUUUAUCUGGAGACAGUUGGAGGACUACUAAACGAAUACUUGCCUUUAUUAAAAGUAAAUUUCCAGAAGACGUAAUCAACCUUGACGAUCGGACUCUCAGCACUUUUGCUCGUUCUCACUCAUUCCCAGCUCCAGAACAUCCAAUCAGAGUCCUUCCUCCCGUCGAUGUUUUAUUAUUGGUCGACUCGUCAAGCAGUAUUGAUCUCAACAGUUUUAAUCAGGUCAAGCAAGUUCUCCGAUCAUUCGUUGCUGAUAUUGACAUCGCACCCAGCCGCUCAAGGGUAGCGGUUAUAAUGUUUGCGGCCGAACCAAAGGUUUACUUCGGAUUCGAACGAUACUACAGUGUCAGGAGUGUUAGAAGUAAGCGUAAAUCAACACAUAAUCAUUAUUAAACCUUACUUUUUAGCUGCUCUCCGAAGAAUGCCAUAUCUCGGAGGCCCCACAUUUUUAGCCAAAGCUCUUUCAUUCGCCGCGGGGGUCUUAUACCAAGAGCAAAAUAUGAAAAGGGUCAGACAUCGUCACCGUCUGAUGCCAACACCCAGACAUGACCGACCGCAAGUCAUGGUGGUCGUGUCCGAUGGAAUCUCGGACGAUGCCUUCGACCAAGAGGUGACCCAUUUACAUGAACGGUUGAUGGUCAGGAUAGCCGCGCUGGUUACUAAAAGCUUUAAUCGGGAGAGGAUGGUGCCGGUGACGAGAUAUGCUGGAUCUGUGUUUACAUUGGAUCAGAAGGAGGCGUUGAGUAUUUGGCUAUGGAGAACGCAACGGAUGUGGAAUGAGAACUUUAGAAGCUAUGUGGAGAGGGAGAAGUCGUUUAAUCAAGAAAAAACACCUCGAAGAAAUAAAUAA